CUAUAGACAUUUGUGAAGGAGUAAGACCAGAAAUUUGCAAGGGUACAUCGGUACAUUUUGCAAAUCUUUUAAAGAGAUGUUGGGAUAAAGAUCCAGAAAAGAGACCGUCAGCAUUAGAAAUUCAAGAAACUAUUAGGGGCUGGAGAAAUAAUUCAGACAUUCUAUCUAAAUUUUUAAAAUAG